AUGGUCCUCGUCUACCUCAAGAACCUCCUCCUCCCCUCCCAAAAGCCCUCCCACCACCACGAAACACCCCCCCUCCUCCCCACCACAGACCUCCCCAAACACUACGGCAGCAGCACCCGCGACACCACCACCAACUCACCCUGCCGCCAACCCUCCUGCCCGCGCCGCACCUCCCAGAAAUCCUUCUCCUCACCCCCAAACACCAGCACCUCCACCUCUUCCUCCACCCCGUCCAAAAAACCCUACAUCGACCCCCGCGUCCUCUCCGACCUAACCAUCGGCCUCUCCGACGGCCUCACCGUCCCCUUCGCGCUCACCGCCGGCCUCUCCGCCUUCAACGACACGACCGUGGUCCUCUACGGCGGCCUCGCCGAGCUCAUCGCCGGCAGCAUCUCCAUGGGCCUCGGCGGCUGGCUCGCCGGCCGCGGCGAAGCCGCCUUCCACACCAACACGCUCGCCGCCACGCGCACGCUCGUGCGCACCAACCCUGACGCCGUGCGGCCGCUGCUAACGGGCGUGUUCCGGCCAUACGGGGUUGCCGAGGGCGCGCUGGAGGGCGUGGUGGAGGGCUUGCUGGCGGGCGAGGAGGAGGCGCUGGUGCGCUUUGUGAUGCAGUUUCACUAUAAUCUGCCCGCGGUGGAGAAGGAGGAGGUUGGGGGGAGGACGCCUGUGUCGAGCGCGGCGACGAUCGCGGCGGGGUAUUUUUUUGGUGGGUUUGUGCCGUUGGUGCCGUAUGUGUUUGUGGGGAGGGGGGAUGUGUUGGUGGGGCUGCGGUGGAGUGUGAUUGUGAUGGUGGUGUGCUUGUUUGUGUUUGGGGGUGGGAAGACGGUGCUGGUGGAUGCAGCGGAGGAGGGGAAGAAGAAGAAUUGGGGGAGUAUCGUGAGGGGGGGUGUUGAGAUGGUGCUUGUGGGCGGGGUGGCGGCGGCGGCGGCGAUGGGCAUUGUGAGGGCGCUGGGCGGGCUGUCCUGA